AAAAAGCAUCUUUGAACUCUUUUCACAAACUUUGGCUCACGAGACACUCUAAACUAUGGCUGCUCCAGGUUAUUUUGCAGCGGCAUGCAAGAAGACUCUGCAAGGAAGCGGGCGGACGUUGGUCACGAUCCGAGCUUUGCACAAGUCCGCCAGCAGCGGGACUUUGGAGAUCCCCGCGGCCAGAGAAGAGACCGUGGCCGAGAGGGUCAUCGCCCCGGCGCCGAUCGGAUACCAGAGCCGGCUUAAGACACUUAAAGAGAUGCCUGGCCCCAGCACAUUAGCGAACCUCUACGAGUUCUUCUGGAAAGACGGAUUUGGCAGAAUUCAUGAAAUCCAGAUGGAGCACAGAAAGAAGUACGGGAAAAUUUUCAAAUCCCGCUUUGGGCCCCAGCUGGUAGUAUCCGUGGCUGAUAAGGACCUGGUGGCUCAGGUACUCAGGGCUGAGGGUGUGGCGCCACAGAGGGCCAACAUGGAGUCCUGGAAAGAGUACCGAGAUCUUCGUGGCCGAUCAACAGGCCUUAUUUCCGCGGAGGGAGAGGACUGGUUGAAAAUGCGGAGUGUCCUGAGACAACUCAUCAUGCGUCCAAAGGAUGUAGCCGUCUUCUCUGACGAUGUGAACGAGGUGGUUGAUGACCUCAUUAAAAGAGUCACUAUUCUACGCACCCAGGGGGGCGACGGCUGCACAGUCCUCAACAUCAACGAUCUCUUCUUCAAGUACGCCAUGGAAGGUGUGGCAACCAUUUUGUAUGAGUCCCGUCUGGGAUGUUUGGAGAAUGAGAUUCCCCCUGAAACUCAAAACUACAUCAGCGCUCUGCACCUCAUGUUCAGCUCCUUCAAAACAACCAUGUAUGCUGGCGCGAUUCCAAAGUGGCUCCGACCCGUAAUCCCCAAACCUUGGGAGGAGUUCUGCCAGUCCUGGGAUGGCCUCUUUAAAUUCAGCACUAUUCACAUUGAUAAGCGGCUCAACGAAAUCAAGGCUGCGAUGGCACAGGGGGAAACUGUGAAAGGGGGACUGCUCACGCACAUGCUCGUGACCAGAGAGAUGAGCUUGGAGGAAAUCUACGCCAAUGCCACCGAGAUGUUACUGGCUGGUGUUGACACAACUUCCUUCACGCUUUCAUGGUCCUGCUAUUUGCUGGCACGACAUCCUGAAAAACAAUGGCAGAUCCAUCGCGAGGUGAUGAGAGUCUUAGGUCCCAACAAAGUCCCGACUGCGGAUGAUAUUCAACAUCUUCCUCUCAUAAAAGGCCUCGUGAAAGAGGUUUUGAGGCUGUUUCCAGUUCUCCCAGGCAAUGGAAGGAUCACCCAGGAUGAUUUGGUGUUGGGUGGAUACCUCAUCCCUAAAGGGACACAAUUGGCUCUGUGCCACUUCUCCACCUCCAUGGAUGAGGAGAAUUUUCCUGAUGCUACAGAAUUCCAACCAGAGCGUUGGGUACGGAAGGAUGCCACUGAUCGGGUGGAUAGCUUUGGCUCCAUUCCCUUUGGCUAUGGAAUCAGGAGCUGCAUUGGCAAGAGGAUAGCUGAGCUAGAAAUGCAUCUUGGGCUUACACGGCUUAUUCAGAAGUUCCAUAUCAGCAUCAGCCCUCUCAGUCCUGCUGUGACAGCAAAAACACAUGGCCUUCUUUGCCCAGGUGGUCCCAUGAACCUGCAAUUCCUUGACAGAAAAGAGGAGCUGUGAAGACACAUUAUAAAUGACUGUGUUUUUAAGAUAAACAAAUCAUUUCUUUCACUUUUUUAGAUAUCAUUUUUAACCAAUGAAAUGUAUGUACAUAGUCUCUUAAUGUGUUUUAGAUGUGAGGAUUUACAUAUAUUAUUGGAGAAGAAGAAAUGUGUUUAUACAAAAUGUGUAUGAAACAGAAGCGUGUGAAUGAAGAGGCAGCAGUGAGGUAAUUGUCUGAGAGAGAUAUCGUGGAUGUUACAACAGUCUGUUGCAUUGGGAAAAUACGAGUAGUUGAACUGUGCCCUUGCUCAAGGUUUGUGUGAAGAAGGAGGUAAAGAUUUUGUGUGUGUGUGUUUGUAUAGCUAUCCUUGUGGGGUCUAAUUCUUGGAAACACACCUACUUAUGGUGAUAUUUUGCAUUGUGGGGAUAUUUUUGCUGGUCCCCACAUGUCCAAGUGAGGACAGGAAGAGUCCUGGUUAAGGUUAGCCAUUUGUUUUGAAUGGUUAAGUAAAGGGUGAGAGGCAGUGGAAAGGGUUGUGACAAUAACCCACAAGGAUAAAAAUACAAAUGUGUGUGU